UAGCGUCACAAGUCAGUGCCGCUAUGUGGGGCCCUGUUAUAGUGAACAUCGGCGUGGGAAACAUGGAAAGAUUGCCAGUCUUCGUCUCUGCCUUGGAAGACCCUUGUCUGCUGGAGAUUGACUUCCUAACGUGUGUGGGAGCAAGUUUGGACUUCAAAGAAGGGAAAUUAAAGACGCUCCAUCAGCCCCAAGUUCUGGUCUCACUUCACCACCUACAACGCCAGCACGAGCAAGGAUGACGAGGGAAGUGUUGAGGUGAUGUCUCGAGUGUCCAGUGCUGUAGGGGAACUGUACAGCAGUGCUACAGCUUUCCUGCCACAGAUACACAGGUGUGAGAUGCUGUGUGAGAAAACAGGUGCCAAGUAUGAGGAGUAUGUGCCGGGGGGUCUAAUGGAGCACUUCAAGCUACACCUCAGAGCCACACUACACAGCCAAAUGCCAGCUGCCUUCACUCUCCUUUUCCAGAAAUUCUAUGCUGCAGCCUUCAAAGUUUUUUACUACACUGAGAUUGGAAGUCAGGUGGAGGAGUCUGACGAGCCAACUGAGGAAGCUAUCCAGUGUGGUGGGUGUGAGGCGUCAGCUGAUGCUUGUCACUGUCAGGCCAUCACCAACACGUUCACUCAGGUCAAUAGACAGUUGCUAGAGCUGGACUUGUUAGAAAGGCUUGCAGGUGACAUGAUUUCCUCUCAGCUUCUCUCCACCAUCACUUCCCAUGUUACCUCCACCUGCAGGGACUCCUAUGAUCAGUCUCGUAUCACACAAUUAGAAAAGUGGGUGGAGAAUGUGGUGGUGGGAUGGCUGGAGGUGGUGUACUGUGGUGGCCGAGGGAAGUUAUCGUCUGCCGAACCAGCAGUGCAGAACGUGGUGGCUGAGAACCUGCAGCAGACCUACAUGACAGCAUUGUACCAUACCUACACCACCACUAGGAUUGACCAGCUCUUCAACAUCCUCAUUGAAUACCCAGAGUCUCAGCCAGCUCUCGAGGACAUUAGAGAGUGUCUGGACCGCACACACCUUAGAGAUUGCCUUGUGGAAUCCCUGCGGUCUGCUUUUCAGACUCGCCUUCUCCAUCCAGGCGUGAACACAACUGAUGUCCUUCACGCCUACAUUUCUGCCAUCAAGGCGCUGCGGGUGCUGGAUCCCAAGGGAGUGCUGCUGGAACUAGUGUCAGAACCCGUGAGACAGUACCUGCGAGGCCGAGAGGACACAGUGCGCUACAUUGUGACAAGUCUGACUGAUGAAUGUUGCUCUGAGCUGUCUGAGGAACUCAUGGUGGCCACUCCUUUGGUGUUGGAUGACUCCCACAGUGAUGAAGAUAGUAUGGAACACUGGGACACCUGGACACCUGACCCAGUACAUGCCCACACCUUAAAAUCCAAGUCACAGCGUACAGCAGACAUCAUUUCCAUGCUGGUCAAUAUAUAUGGAAGCAAGGAUGUGUUCAUUACCGAGUACCGCACUAUUCUGGCUGACCGCAUCCUCUCUCAGUUCAGUUAUGACACAGAGAGGGAGAUCCGAUACCUGGAGCAUCUCAAAGUGAGGUUUGGGGAAACGCUGGCACUCCUACAUAAAUGUGAGGUGAUGGUGAAGGAUGUGGCUGACUCAAAACGCAUCAACCAGUCCAUCAACUCAGACGAAAAUCCACGGAGAGAGAAACAGAAAUUCCCAGUGUCUUGCAUGAUUCUGUCAGCUCAGUUCUGGCCGUCAUUCAAGGAGGAGCGUCUGCAGCUGCCAGAAGAAGUGCUCAAUGAACUGGAAACUUACACUGAAGCUUUCCAGGAACUUAAAGGGAACAGGACUCUCAACUGGAAACACCAUCUUGGCCAGGUACAGCUGGAAGUGGAGCUAAAGCAUCGCACAGUCUCAGUGAGUGUCACACCGACCCAGGCCACCAUCAUCUUCCACUUCCAGGAGAGAAAACGCUGGACCAUUGAUGAGCUGAGCAGUGUUACUCAUGUACCCAAGACUGUCCUCAGGCGAAAGAUUACAUUCUGGCAGACACAGGGAGUGUUGCAGGAGGUGGAUUCUGAUGUGUUUGUGUUGGUGGAUGGGGAAGGUGAUGGGGAUGAGGGCUUGGUGGCAGCAGCAGGGGCAGUUUCCCCUGACAUCGCACCCCCGGCCAUUGAGGAGGAUGAGGCAGAGAGUGUCAUGGCCUCAGCUCAGGACCAGAGAGAGGAGGAGCUGCAGGUGUUUUGGUCAUACAUCGUGGGCAUGCUCACCAACCUAGACUCUCUGCCCCUGGAGCGUAUUCAUGCCAUGCUCAAAAUGUUUGUCCAGGGCUCCGUAGAGUGUAGUCCCCAGGAGCUGAGGGACUUCUUGGAUAGAAAAGUGCGCCAACACCACCUCAUCUUCACCAAUGGACUUUACAAACUUCCCAAGAAUUAAGCAAGUUUCCUAUAGUUUUCUGAUUUCUUCACAUUGAAGAGAACAAUCGUAGUUUAGUGUUUAAGCAUCAGUGAGUUGGUGCAGAAACUGGUAUGUUGAGGAAACAAGCAUGAAGUUUUGAGUCACUUGAUGCUCUCUGUGAUGGGCAAUAUGCAUUAUUUAAAUUAUUUGCCAUAUUGAAAAUGUGUGGCAAAUUAAUUUGAUCCAUAACUGGCCAAGAAAAUAGUGAAAAAUCUGUAGCACUUCAAUAGUAAAGUGUCAGACAAAAUGAAUUUAUGAAACAAAAAGACAAACAAGAUUACAAAGAGAAAUUUCUGUGAAGAAUCCUCCAAGAGAGAGAGAGAGAGAGAGAGAGAGAGAGGCAUUGGUUACACGCUGGUUAUUGGUGAGUGUUACAAGGUAACGUUAUGGCACAUUGUUCUUUGGUUUUGGAUAUCAUAGUAGUGUACUUUGUCAAUGCACAGUAGUUGGGUCAUGUAAGGUUUAUUGAAUAAGAAUUUCUAUACUGGUCUUGAGAAAUAUUUGUCUUUAACCAUUGUUCAUUGUGGUUAUGGCUGGGUACAAUACUGAAAAGUAUCAUGAUGAUAACCUAUAAGUUGAUAACAAGAAUCUUAUCGGCAUUAACUGAAAGCUGGGAGUAAAUUUAUUGCUCAAUUACUGAUCAUUCCAAAAUUCUGAUAUGAGCAGUAAUGAUACUGAAAUCAAAUUCAAUGGAUAUAUUGUCCCUUUAUUAAUAAAGUUUUAAGUAAAAUAACUACAUUUGGUAUUGAAAAUUGAAAACUUCAGUAUGAUUAUGUUCCCAAAACAAAAAAAUAUUGAUUAUUGCUAGUUUGAAAGCAAAAAUGUAGAUGGUAAUGAUAAAUUGUAACACAGGAAAUAUAAUUAUUAUGUGAUAUUUCAGAUAACCAAUAAUGCAAAACUGUAUUAGUUAUCUUGGUUAAUUAUCGGGAUGUUGCCCACCAAUGAUUGCAGCAAUAGUUUGUUUGGAAUUUUUAUUGUUUGUAGAUAUGGAAUUAUUAUUCCAUAUCUACAAACAAUUAAGGGAAAUGUACUAUAUACAGUAGUUUUUGUAUGAAUAAAUACUAACCUAUCACAGUAUAA